AUGUCUUCAGCUUUUAUUAGAUUCUUGAAUUCAGAAACAGGUCCAAAGACUGUGCAUUUUUGGGCCCCUGUCUUAAAAUGGUCAUUAGUCGUUGCUGGUAUUUCUGAUAUUAAUAGACCAAUUGAAAAAGUUUCAGGUACACAAAAUUUAUCAUUAUUAGCAACUGGUGUUAUAUGGACAAGAUGGUCAUUUGUUAUUAAACCAAAAAAUUAUUUAUUAGCAAGUGUAAAUUUUUUUCUUUCUGGUACUGCUGGUUAUCAAAUUAGUAGAUUAAUUAAUUAUAGAAAUCAACAAGGUGAUUCUCCAAGUGAAAUUUUUAAAUAUAUUGUUAAUGGUCCAAAAGAUGAAACAAAAGAUGUUGCACCAGGUGCUAAUGUAAAUAAAAUUGAUGAAAAAGUUGUAACAAAAGCUUAA